AUGGCAUCAGACGAGGGAAAACUCUUUGUCGGUGGGCUGAGUUUUGACACCAAUGAGCAGUCAUUGGAACAAGUCUUCUCUAAAUACGGACAAAUUUCGGAAGUUGUUGUUGUAAAAGACAGAGAGACUCAGAGAUCCAGAGGCUUUGGCUUUGUUACUUUUGAAAACAUAGAUGAUGCUAAAGAUGCAAUGAUGGCCAUGAAUGGAAAGUCUGUAGAUGGACGUCAGAUCAGAGUUGAUCAGGCUGGGAAGUCAUCAGAGAACAGAUCUCGUGGAUACCGAGGGGGCUCUUCUGGGGGCAGAGGCUUUUUCCGUGGCGGCAGAGGUCGGGGCCGUGGCUUCUCGAGAGGAGGUGGAGACAGAGGCUAUGGCGGAAGCAGAUUUGACUCCAGAAGUGGAGGCUAUAACGGCUCCAGAGACUACUAUAAUAGCAGCAGGAGUCAAGGUGGCUAUGGCGACAGGUCUUCGGGAGGGUCCUACAGAGACAGCUAUGACAGUUACGGUAAGUCUUGGUUCAACCGGGAGCCAUGAGUGCGUGUGCUGUAGGAACUGUUCACUCUGCCCUGUGCUGAGUCUGGGAGCGCAGCGAGGCUCGCUCGGACUGUGCCGCUGCUCUGGUCUUGCCCGUAAGAACCAAUGUGUCAGGCUCUGGACGUGGUGGUGCCCUUAAAUUUCUAAUUUGUAAUGCAUGUGUAGGAGUUGCUUGGAUCUAAGGCAAAGCAAGUUUUAAAAUGCAUUCCUCGAGCUCGAGACUAAGCCGAAACUCGGAAGGCCUAACAAAGUUAACUCAAGGGUGGGGGAGUUCUCAGGGCGUAGCGCUCUAGCAGUAGCUUCGGAAGUAAUGCGAGGGAGUAAAAUGCUGGAACUUGUCUAUGCUUCAGUGCCUUUACAAUUGUGCCUGCUUCUUGUCCUCAGCUACACACAACGAGUAAAAAUCCUUCCUGACUCAAGAUCGUCCUUCCAAUGGCUGUAUUUAUAAAGAUUUUUGGAGCUUCGCUGAAAUCGUUAUUGUGUAGUACAUCUACUUGUAUUUUCACUUUUGUAGUAUUAUCAGUUCUAAUCUUGUCAAACACAGCCUGACAGCUUCUGAUAUACCAUGGUCUGAUGAGACUUUUUUUUUUUAAGAAAGCUCUGCUUUCAAGUGUUUUUAAUCUUUUUUGAAAGCACUUCACAUUUUAUUUUAUCCUCCAUGAUGAGCCAAGGUGUUUUUUUCUUUAAAGUUGUGGAGUUGGGGCCCCAAUUCAGUUUCUUUUGAGAUAGAAAGGACCUUUAAUUCAAUGUUCACUGGAAGCUGAACAAGCUGUGGACUUUUUUUUUUAAGUGCAUUACCUUCGUCUUUUGUAACAUUCCUUUAGUGUAGCAAGGUAGGAAUGCAGCCUGGGUACAAAUUGGAAGGCAAACCACCUUGAUAUAUCUAAAGAGAAACUUGCUUGUAUGUUCAACCUGCAUAACGGUAUUUUUACUGUUGUAAUGCUGUAAAUGACCCAGAAAUAGACUUGCAAACUUACCAUAAAAGAGGUUCUUGAAAAUGUUUAUUUAUAUUGUCCUUUUUUACUGGAAGAAAUAUGCAUAUUCCAUUGAUAUUGUAUUUGAGUGGUAAAGGAUUCUUGUAUACAGUUUUCUUUGGCUUUACGAAGCCUAUUAAAAGACCGUCUGAAAUGAA